AUGGGUAAUCAUCGCCAAUCAUUGUUCGCUCAAGUUCUCCUCUCCUCCACAUUCUUUCUCGGAGCAUUUGGCCUGCCGGCCUCAAAUGCCGGCCCAAGUGUAACUAUAUCAUCUGGCGUCAUUAUAGGCACCACAGCUCAGCCAGCAAGCCAAGCUGGAUCAACAGGCUACGCCAAUGCGUACUUGGGAGUUCCAUUCGCCAAGUCGCCUCCGGAACGGUUCUCCCCACCCGAGUCAGCGCCUUCAUGGUCAACUCCACUACCUGCCCAGGCAUUUCGGCCAGCAUGCAUCCAGCAGUUCACUGAUAGUGGAAACGCGCAAGUCUUGCAGAAGCAAUACUUCGGCAACCCCACUGGACCUCUACCUGAAGAGAGUGAGGACUGCUUGUACCUGAACGUCUUCGCACCUCCCAGCGCAUCAUCUUCUAACAAGAAGGCUGUCAUGUUCUGGCUAUUUCCUGGAAACUUGCAAUUUGGAACCGCCAGUCUACCAAUCUAUGAUGGAAGUUCACUUGCCAUCGCUCAGGACGUGGUCGUUGUGACGAUCAACUACCGAACGAACAUUUUUGGGUUCUCCAACUCGCCCGAGGUUGCAACUGGGUCUCAAAACUCGGGUUACUUGGACCAGCGCUUCGCUCUGCAGUGGGUGCAAGACAACAUCGUUAACUUCGGCGGAGACCCCUCGCGUGUAACCAUUUUUGGCGAGUCCGCCGGGCUUCUUGCGAGCCCGCCAAGCCCGCUGCCGUUCUCGGCUGCUAUCAUGCAAUCGCAGCAAUCCCUUCUCAUAGGCUCCGGAUCGGACAGCUAUAAGAAAGUUUUGCAGCAGUUCAAGUGCCAGAGCGAGUCUUCACCCAUUGCAUGCCUGCGAAAGGUACCAGCUGCAGAUAUCAAAGCGUAUAUCGAAUCGGCAGCGCUGGUGUUCCCUCCAGUCAACGGCGAUGGUACCUCGGUCAGUGAUGUUCGGGGUAGUAUCACUUCCAAGAAGUGGCCCAAGAUUCCCGUUUUGAUUGGGACUACACUCAACGAAGCUCGUGUCUUCCUUGCCGUUGAGACCGCAGGGGAUGGGACUUCUGCCAUGGACGCUACGAUGUCCAAGAUUGGAGUCACCUCAACUAACACCAAGAACUCGAUCCUUGCUCAAUACUCUGCGAAAGGCAUGACCGAUAUUUUCCUUGCUUCGAACGGCUACACUGCCUACCGGUACCGCUACGAUGCUUCAUUCCCCUCUACCAGCAUCUUCGCCAACUCUGGCGCGUACCACACGAGCGAAAUACCCUCAGUCUUCGGCACGUACCCUGAGUACAACAAGUUCGGCUCCGCAACCCAGCAGCAGAUCAAACUUAGCUCUUACAUGCAGGGCGUCUGGGGUGGCUUUGCGAAGAAGCCUACCGGCGGUGUUGGAUGGCCGAAGGUUGGAGGAGCUCUUGGCUUCGAGCUAGGUCUUUUGGGCGCAAGUGGAUCCAGCGGUGUAUCAGUAGUAGCGUCGCUUACGGCUGAUUAUCCUUGCCUUGCUUACUCGGCCCUCACAGACAUGGCUGGGCUGUCAUAUUAG